GGAAACCGAAAAUAUAAUUCAAAGAUGGUUUUGAAGGAGUCCGACGGACUUCCUUGACACAAAAACAAGGCGUCCGAGUCUCAUUUCCAUGAGUCUCGGACCACAGGACUCCUAUUAGUGUCGAACACUGAACACGUCAUUUACAGCUACCAGUUGAAGCCGACCCGACGAGUUCCUCGCAGAAAUCCGCUAGAAAAACUGCUAGAAUAUACAAAGGCAAGAGAAUGGCAGCAGUCAAAGAAGCCCAUAUGAGAAGAACUUUAGAAAGCAAUAAUGGGAACAAGCGUAUUGUGACAUCCAAUGCUCUUAACAAGGCUCUGAUUGACAUUAGCGUCAACGAGGAAACGAUUCAAUUGAGAAGGACAACGUGGCUUUUUAUGGAAGAUUUGUACAACAUGCUUAACUUUGCACAACAUGACAAAAGAUUUACUUAUCAUUUUGGAAGCCAAAGCGAAGGUUCUACGACACAAGGUAUGGACUCUGACAUUGAUUGUCUUGUGCGCCUUACAAACAUGUUGGUGAUUCAAAAUAUCGCGGACAGGCAGUUUGAGAAAAUCAACUAUUUUGUGGUUAAGGACAUGUCAACUCCGCCUCAGUGUUGCUGUCUGCAUAAACUUAUGCCUAAUGAUUCUUUAACUUCGCCGAAGGAUUAUUUGUUUGUCGAUGCCCAAGGGCGGGUAUUCCUGAAAAACAAUUGCAUGAAACUUUUUUUAAAACCGAUGAGCGAACUUUAUGAUGUUGACGUUAUCCAACACGGCCCUGCGCAAAGCGUCAGCAGCGCCCCAGAUUUAGAAUAUGUUUAUGCAUUGUACUGUGACAAACUGCCUGAAGUUUGUCAAUAUAUUUUUAGAAGGCAAAAGCCCGGACAUUGGCCUACCCCAGCAUUGUUGGAACAGCUUAAGGAUAGUGGGGUAUUCAUUGUUUCGACUUCGCAUGUUGAGAACACAACACACUGGGACCCUCGCCAACACAUAGGAACAUUAACAGUACGAACGUUCGAUAACUCACAUGAGCUUUAUUGGAGGUUAUCUACCAAUAUGAUGGAGCGGCUUUUGAUGUUCAACCUCACAAUGACGCAAAUGAAAGUGUAUGUAAUCAUGAAAAUUAUUAGAACAGAGUUGUGCAAGCCGCUCGUUGGCGAUCGUUUAAGCACGUAUCAUUUAAAGACAACGUUGAUGUAUAGCGUAGAAAUGUCACCUCCACACAUCUGGAAAGAUGAAAAUCUUAUCCAAUGUAUACAAGUUUGUUUGACAACAUUAAGAAGGUGGUUAAAGGUGCGAUAUUGCCCUCACUACACGACGGAAAAUGUGAAUUUGUUUGACGGUAAACUUCGAUUGAACGAGUUUCCGGUUUUGAUAGAAUUGUUCACGGAUAUGAUCUGUACCGAUGUGUCCUGUUUGUAUAAUGUUAAAAUGGACGACCUUGGUAAUCGUAUAUCAUCUCAUUCCCCAUAUAGUACAAACGGGCGUCGGUUCGAAAAAAUGGAUCCCGUUAUUGCUACCAAGAUGUUUAAUUUUCUGGUCACUAAAUUAUUUGAUUCAUUUUACUUCUUUGACAGCAGUGAUUGGAGGAGAGAUACAUCAUAUGUAAUAAACAACCGUGCCACAUACAUUCGAAAUUUAGAGACCAUGUAUACAGACUGUCCGGAACCAUUUCGUCCAGCAAUCUCUAUAAGCUUACCAUUCCAGUAUUCCAUUCAGGCUGUAACGAAAGCCUCGCUGUGUAUAGGAGAAAAUCAAACUUUAACGCAUGAGAUUUUCACUUUGUGUGAUAAGUCUCUGAUGUCCGAUUUGACAUCGAGUCGCCUCAGGCUGGCGUCAAUAUAUUUCUCAGCACGGCGUUUUGAAGAGGCUGCUGCUAUUCUAAAGCAACUAGACACUCUGAUUUCUGACAAAGUAAUACUCGUUAGCCCUGUGUAUUAUUACAGUAAAAAUAAGUUUCUUUAUGAGCUGCUGGCACGACAAAAAGGAUUCCUUCAUAUUUUGCAAAACGAGGUUGCUGUGUGUACGAUUUUUAGCAGACACGAAAUCAAUUGUGUUCCUGGGCAGCUUGUCGCUGAGUUCUACAGAACGGUAACGGUGGAGGGUAAAGGUUGCCGUCUUCCAAGCCCUCACUGGAUGGACUUUGCAAUGGUUGAUUCAUUACCAUAUAUGUAUUACCUACAGUAUUUAAUAUAUCGAACUGCUGGAUUAAACAGCGACAAACGCAGAGCGUUCAAGAAUCUCGUGGAUAUUUUUAAAACUCAUGAUGCUCUUAAAGAAUAUCAUAUCGACACCUCAUUAAAUCUGAUAGGACAUGUUUGGGAACUGGAAGGCUAUUUGUCAGUAGCUUGGCGUGCCUAUAAAUUUUCAGUUGAACGUCGACCACAGAAUAACGCCGCUUACUGGCACAUGUUUAGGAUGAUUGGAGGGCUUAUUUAUGGGCUAAGAAUGUUAUCCUGGUAACAUUCAGCUAUUCAUGGUGCAAAUAUGCGUGACAACUGGAGAACAUUGGAAUAUACUGUGUUAGAUUUACAAGAAUGGCUCAUCGCAAUUGUUAUCGUUAUUUUAUUCGCGAUGUAGUGUUGUAUAUUCUGUCCUGUAUUGAGCUGAAACAUUUCUUAAUCGCAUUUAAAAUUAAUAUCUGAGGAGAUUGUUGACUGUUGAUGAAAGAUGUUGUCUUUGUUGCGUCUAUUUAUUGUCAAUCUACAGCUUGACUCAUGAUUGUAGCAUGGAUGCAUUUCAACAUAUUCCUGCUCAUAUCUACCAUGUUGUCGUAUUUCAAUCUUCAGAAAGUGAGGAGAUAACUCUUUGUAAUUACGUACAACUUGUUGACGACGACUCUAAUGAAUAUUUUUUUUUUAGUUUUCUGCACAGUGUUUUAUUUUUAGAUCAUUCAUAGUGAUUAGUGUUUUAUAUAUUAGGCCUAAGGGUCUUACCAAUAUUGUAUAACAUGUCCGGCGGGUCUAGAUUCUCUUAAGAAAAAGGUUCCACUUAGUAUCUGUAAAGAUUCUGCAACUUUCAUUAAGAUGUCAUUAUACCGACAUUGUAGUUUUGUAAAAAUAAUAUUAGAGGCAUUUCCAUUGGUGUGAACAGUACUCAAAGUUUUAGAACUGUAAAACGGCAUGUAUUUUUUUAUUGUCCAUUCGCUCAUUUCCGAUUUCCAUGGUAUUCUGAAUCCAAAAUCAAAGUGAAAGAAACUUCUAACAAACAAUUAUUUUCCGAAAUUUCAAAUUACCUCAAACGUUUUUCCUCAUUUUUUUUCUGAACCAUUUAA